AAAUAUGAGCUACAGCAAGACAGAAUUGAUAGAAACCUACAAAAAUUUGGACAUCGUAGCACCAGACAAUAUUGCAGAUAGCGUUUUACUAUCAGCUACGAAACAAACACCUGCGAAUUUGUCUACGAAAGUUCCACCAACUGGACAGCUCAACUCGCAUUUAAAGAAGAGGGUCUCUAACAACCAGAAGAAGCAGAAGACACCUAGCAAACCAGAUUGGGAUAACCACUCUGGCUGGGCAUCCCGCUUCAAGAAGUCUGACGAUUUGUUCAACAAGCGCCCUACUAAAGAAUCCGUCACGAGUCCUAACCCCACAGGCCUCAACAACCGCCAUAAGAAACCACCGCUUGAGAAAGAAGACAGCACAGCGCCUGUCUCUUCAGUUCUGGGUAGUUUGGCACUCGAUGCUGACGAUGAACUCCCUGCGCAGCUAAAGAACAAGCUUGCCCCCGAAUUGCCAUCAUCAACACCGAUGUCUCGUGUUGCAUCCAGUCAGGGCCAGCAUCAGGCCACAGACUGGGUCUAUCGCGACCCGUCGGGUAACGUUCAGGGUCCCUUCAAGGCGGACCUCAUGCAGGAGUGGUUCCUCGGUAGCUACUUCCCCUCUGAUUUGCUUGUACGCAGAGUGGAUAGGGACAAUUUCACACCUCUACAAGAGCUUUUGGCGAGUGUACAAGAUAAAUCCGCGCCGUUCCACUCUGCGCCUUUGCCAGCAGCUCCUCCUGCGCUCAAUGUGAACGCUCUCAAUCAGCGUUUCAACGCGUCACCCGUUGUUAGCAACGCAUCUCCCGCGGUGGAUCUUCUCUCUCCACAAGCGACGCAGUCUCCACUUGCGGGGCGUCUCCAGCAGGAGGGUCUAUACCAUCCCCAGCCUCAAGUUCAGCGUCUCGCAAACUGGGACAGUAGAACGUCUUCACCUGCAGCCUCACCUUUUGGCCGUCCGUUAUGGGGUCCUAACAGCCCAGGUGUCGAUGUUCCGGACCAGCAUUCUCGCGAAGAAUUCCUUAUGGCGCUUAGACAUCGCGAGCUCCUCGAGCAACAAGCGGCCCAAGCACAAUUUAUACAACAGCAGAUGCUCCAACAGCAACAACAACAACAACAACAUCAAGAGCAAUUGCAUCACGAGCUCGAACUCCAGCGUGCUUGGGAACUCCAACAACAAGCGCAAGCUGAGGCGCAGAAACAAGCACAGGAGCAACUGGACAAUACCCAGACCAAAGAUGAGGCUGAUAUCAGUGUCCAAGUUGAGGCCCCAGAAUCGACAAUUGCAAGCGUGACAGAGGAUGGCGUCAUGUCACCAAUGAAGACACCUGAGCCUAUCCCUGCAGUACCAACCCCACAACCAUCCCAGAAGACCGUCAGGGGCGGUGUGAAUGUGAUUUCCCAAGCUGAACUCGAGAGAGUCCAGCGCAUGUCCAAGCAGGAAGGUCCUGUCGGCAAGAUGGGAGUUUCUUUAUCCGACGUAAUCGACAAACAACAACAGCAGCAUGAAGAAGGUGAAUUCGCCCAACCAAAGAAGGCUGCACCUGCUCCAUGGGCCCCUCAAGAGCAAGGUGAAAAGGCUACCGCCGCACCAUCAUUAAAGGAGAUCCAAGAGGCUGAGGCACGUCAAUCGCAAGCACGGAAGCAGGCCCAACAAGCACAACGUGCUGCAAUCAGCCAAUCACAAAAUGCGAGCGCAAGAAUUGAUGAUAUUGUUCCAGGCACACUCAACUGGGGAUUGGCAGGCAGUGCACCACAAGCAGCACCUGCACCACAGCCAACUGGCCCAGCAUGGGGUGGUAGCAACCUCAACCAGAAGAAGACACUCCGUCAGAUUCAGGAAGAGGAAGAAGCUAGGGAGCGUGAAGCCCAAAGGAAGAAGAUGGUUGCGAGCGCACAAGCAGCCUCCGCAACAAGAGGCUAUGCAGCUUCUGCGCAGCGCACUACCGUUCCAUCUGCAGGUGGAGCCUGGACUGUCGUCGGGCAGAGCAACGGCGCUAAACCAGCUCCAACAGCUCCAGCUCCAGCUCCAGUCCCAGCGGCUCCUAAACAAACCACAAAGCCUGCGCAAGUACCUAAACCUGCCCCAGCUGUUUCUGUACCUCCUUCGAUUGCACAGGGUGGAAAUGUUAGAGAACCUGGUGCACCAUCAGAGGAAUUCAUCAAGUGGUGCAAGGGAGCAUUAGUUGGCUUGAACGGAACGACUUCUGACGAACUGUUACCUAUUUUACUUUCAUUUGAUAUUGAAAAGCCAGAUUUGGAGUUAAUCCAAGAUAUGAUCUAUGCUUCUAGCUCGACAAUGGACGGUAGAAGAUUCGCGGGCGAAUUUGCAAAGAAAAGAAAGGAAGACAGCAAAGGUGUUUCACUUUCGUCAGCUGCCGAUAUCGUCAAGCAGCAACAAGCGCCAAAGACGCUCCAGGAGACCUUCAAGGUAGUCCAGAAGAAGAAGAAGAGAAACUAAUUUAUUUGUAA